AUGAAAAAUUUUAUGGAUUAUAUUGAAGAUUAUAAAUUCAUUAAAGGGGAAAUUGGGAAAAGUACAUAUUAUGCAUGUCAGACAUAUUUGGAUUAUCUUAAAGAGAGAAUUCCAUUAUAUUUAUCCUUUGAACCGUUAUGUACAAAGCUAGGGCUUAACGCUUGUACAAAUUAUAUUCAGGGUUAUUUCUUAUAUGAUCCAAGAAAAUUGUUUACUAAAUAUGAAUUACUGAAACUAUAUGUUGAAUCGUGGUGGAAUCCUUGUUAUAAGAACGCCGUAGAUGUAUUCAAUGAUUUCCAGAAAUCACCUACAGCAUUCAUAGCGAAGUAUAAUAAAUAUGUUCAACCGUUCAUUGAUAACCCUGAACGGAAAAAAGUAAUUUUAGCACAAAGAGGUGAAGUGAGACAUUCUAAUGCUGAAGCAAAUCCGCAACCUGCGGCUAUAUCACUUGCAGCCAACUCAGAAAAACUCACAGAAAUUCCAAGUAAAGUACAUAGCGAUGAUAAUAUUUUCUUAAGAUUCAUAAAUGAAAAAGGGUUUUCAUUAAGUAAAGUUGCUUUGUGUACAUUUUUUUCUGUAUUGACAAUUACAAUGCUUAUAGCAGCUUUAAUGAAGUUCACUCCACUUGGAAAUCGCUUCUCACGAAGACGUAAAAGAAUAAGAAGUGAGCUUGAGCAUAAUAUUUACCCUGCAGACGGGGAUCCAAUAUUUGACAGUUAUGAUAGUUUGACUACUAUUUCGGAUGGUAGUGAGCACAGCAUAGCAUACGAUGCUAUGUAA